AUGUGGACUCAUGUUGUGGGCUCCAACAAACCUAUCAUGGAGUGCAGCCUGUUCUGUAAAGGGGAAAAGAUCCAGUACCCAGGAAUGCUGGACACCGGAGCGGAUGUUACCAUCAUUGCCCGCUCCGAGUGGCCAGCCAACUGGGAAUUGCAGCUGGUGGCAGGGAUGAUUAUGGGGACUGGAGGAGUAGCGGUGUCUAUGAGAAGCAGGCACAAUGUAAUUGUAGAAGGUCCCGAAGGAAAAAUGGCUACCAUCUGGCCAUUUGUUGUGAGGGCACCAAUCCCCCUCUGGGGACGGGGUCUCCUAUCCCAAUGGGAAGCCUCUCUGUGGAUUCCCAGCAGGGAUUUUUAG